AUGACUGCGACUGGCGAGUGCAGGCUUUCUACAGUCGCUGUUCACAUGCUGAUUGUGGCAGACGGCCGCCAUGAGCGCCACAUGAUGCGCCAGAGAGGCGCUGGCGCUCGAUCUAUCCCUACAAAUUUCGGUUUCGUCUUUCAGGCCGGCCCUAUCCAAGUCUCGGACAACAACACCACCGGGCCACCAGUACCCGCACAUACACCCGCGACUGCCAUUGCUCAUGCACAACCCCGCCAAAUAUCCAAACCCUCGCCUUCUGCACAUGCGCCAGCUCCGAAGCGAAAGAGAGUCAUCAGAGAAGAAGACGACGAUCAAGUGUGGUUUCAAAAACGCCCAAAGAAGACGACAAAACCAGAAGCUCAAAACCAAACCAUACUCGCUGCACCCACCGAAACUGCCCUCGAUGAGUCGUUGCAAGAACCUCCGAUUGAGAAGAAGCCGACGAAGCGGAAAUCUGUACGGAAGCGUGUCUUGGUUCCGAAGAUACGCAAGAAGAUAUAUCAUGAACAACCAAUACCCCUAGCAGAAGCUGUUGUAGAGGUCGAUACCGCACCCAAGAAAAAGAUGAAAAAACCAACUGCUGUCACCAAACAAGAACUCAGACAACAAGACAUUGCUGGUGCAUCCCUACCAGAAGACAAGAGCAAUCACCCUCCGCAUACCGAUUCUUUACCAGAACCCGCACCCCCAACAAAGGCGAAAGUCAACAAGGACCUCAAGGAUGAAUGUAUUGCUGAGAAGAGUCGACCGAAGGCUGGACCACGAAAGAGAGCUGGAAGGAAACAGGGACAAGAAGAUGCUGAACCUCUACAACCGAGCCUGGAGGAAACGUUAAAGACUACAACGUCCACACUACCACCGGCGGACGAAGACAUCAACAAGGAGCCCAAGGCCAAGGUCACUCGACAACGAAAAGUUUCCAAGAAGCAAGUCGAUAAGGCUGUAGAGCAAGGAGCUUACCAAGAAUCCAUGAACGAAACUCCUUUGGCUGAACGGCCAGAUUUUCCACACGAAGCAGACGCGGACCUACCACCAAAGAAGAAGAAGGUAGUCAGAAGAGUGCGCGUCCCAAGGACAUCCGUAAAACCAGCAAUGCCUGGAAAAGAGGACCCAGUGGAUACAGACAAUAAGCAUGACACCAAGCCAUCAGCGUCGACCGACAAUAUCGAUUUGGCUCUGUUCGAAGCAGCAGCUCCGGCACCAACCACANAANAAGCAUCCAUGCCGCCCAAAAGAAUCUUCUUCAAUGAUGAUUCUGAUAUCGAUCUUGAUCAGAUGUUGAGCGGCAUUGCGGCAAUGGCUGGACCCAAGAGCGAUACCAAAGCCGAUGCAAAGUCUACUCGCGUCGCAAGGAAGAGGGUCGCAGUAUAA